GGGAGCGGGUCUCUGCCCUCACUAAAGAUGGCUCCGGCGGCUACCGGGGCCGGACCACGUGGGGGCCGAAGCGGGUUGCGGCGCGGGACAUGGAGCCGGGGCGACUGGAGAAGUUCCCGAGCCCGGGCAGGGGCAGCGGCCUCCGCGCUCUGAAGCGGGCGCGGCCCGGCGAGCUGCUAUAUCGGGCCGAACCCUUCGCCUGCACCGUCACCAAGCAGCGCCUGGGCGGCGUGUGCGAGCGCUGCCUGCGCAGGAAUGAACGGCUGCUUAGAUGCUCUCAGUGCAAAAUUGCCAGAUACUGUGAUACACGUUGUCAGAAAGAAGCCUGGCAGGAGCACAAGCAAGAAUGCAAGUGUCUUAAGAGUAUUGAGCCUAACUUUCCUCCUGACUCAGUGAGACUUGUUGGCAGGAUUGUUUUUAAACUACUUGGACAAUCAGCAGCAUGUCCUUCUGAGAAACUCUACUCUUUUUCUGAUCUUCAGUCAAAUAUUGAAGAGUUAAGUGAAGAAAUGAAAGAGGGUCUCAGGCACUUGGCACAGACAUUGCAGCUUUAUUUGAGAGUGGAGAUCCAGGAUGCUUUUCAGCUGCUACCUGCAAUAGACAUUUUUCAGAUCUUCGCAAAAGUGACCUGUAACUGUUUCACCAUCAGUAAUGGAGAAAUGCAGGAUGUUGGUGUUGGCCUGUAUCCCAGCAUGUCUCUCCUGAACCACAGCUGUGACCCAAACUGUGUGAUCGUUUUUGAGGGACGCCAGCUUCUACUUCGGUCAGUCCGGGAGAUCCAGAUUGGUGAAGAGCUCACUAUCAGCUAUAUUGAAUCACUGAUGCCCAGCAGUGAGCGUCAAAAACAUCUGAAACGCCAGUAUUGCUUUGAAUGCAACUGUCUUCUGUGCCAGACACAAGAAAAGAAUCCAGAACCAAAUGGCCUUUGCCCUCAGUGCUGUUGA